AUGGAAAUAGGUGAACUCGCCACCACAAGAAAGAAGUACAACGUGUCAGUGUCCACGGUCAUGAUGGUCAUUAUCCUGAUUGAGUCCAUCUGCAACGAGUUCACUCUAACGAUUGCCUCUUCCCUCCCAGAGUUCACUCUAACGAUUGCCUCUUCCCUCCCCGAGUUCACUCUAACGAUUGCCUCUUCCCUCCCAGAGUUCACUCUAACGAUUGCCUCUUCCCUCCCCGAGUUCACUCUAACGAUUGCCUCUUCCCUCCCCGAGUUCACUCUAACGAUUGCCUCUUCCCUCCCAGUUCACUCUAACGAUUGCCUCUUCCCUCCCCGAGUUCACUCUAACGAUUGCCUCUUCCCUCCCCGAGUUCACUCUAACGAUUGCCUCUUCCCUCCCCGAUUCACUCUAACGAUUGCCUCUUCCCUCCCCGAGUUCACUCUAACGAUUGCCUCUUCCCUCCCCGAGUUCACUCUAACGAUUGCCUCUUCCCUCCCAGAGUUCACUCUAACGAUUGCCUCUUCCCUCCUCGAGUUCACUCUAACGAUUGCCUCUUCCCUCCCCGAAUUCACUCUAACGAUUGCCUCUUCCCUCCCAGAGUUCACUCUAACGAUUGCCUCUUCCCUCCCAGAGUUCACUCUAACGAUUGCCUCUUCCCUCCCAGAGUUCAUUCUAACGAUUGCCUCUUCCCUCCCCGAGUUCACUCUAACGAUUGCCUCUUCCCUCCCAGUUCACUCUAACGAUUGCCUCUUCCCUCCCCGAGUUCACUCUAACGAUUGCCUCUUCCCUCCCCGAGUUCACUCUAACGAUUGCCUCCUCCCUCCCCGAGUUCACUCUAACGAUUGCCUCUUCCCUCCCCGAAUUCACUCUAACGAUUGCCUCUUCCCUCCCAGAUUCACUCUAACGAUUGCCUCUUCCCUCCCCGAGUUCACUCUAACGAUUGCCUCUUCCCUCCCAGAGUUCACUCUAACGAUUGCCUCUUCCCUCCCCGAGUUCACUCUAACGAUUGCCUCUUCCCUCCCCGAGUUCACUCUAACGAUUGCCUCUUCCCUCCCCGAGUUCACUCUAACGAUUGCCUCUUCCCUCCCCGAGUUCACUCUAACGUUUGCCUCUUCCCUCCCCGAGUUCACUCUAACGAUUGCCUCUUCCCUCCCCGAGUUCACUCUAACGAUUGCCUCUUCCCUCCCAGAGUUCACUCUAACGAUUGCCUCUUCCCUCCCAGAGUUCACUCUAACGAUUGCCUCUUCCCUCCCAGAGUUCACUCUAACGAUUACAUCUUCCCUCCCAGUUCACUCUAACGAUUGCCUCUUCCCUCCCCGAGUUCACUCUAACGAUUGCCUCUUCCCUCCCAGAGUUCACUCUAACGAUUGCCUCUUCCCUCCCAGUUCACUCUAA